AAGAUCAACAUAAAAAAUAGUAGUAUGAAUUUGAUAUUUUGACAAUUUCCUCUGUUUUAAUAAGAAAGAUUGAACCAUUUAAACUGAUGUAGACUAAUAGGCACUUGAAGAAACUAAGGUAGUGGUAAAAAACUUGACUUUUCUCUCUCAAACAGUAAAAAGUAAAAAGUCAAGUCGAAACAGGAAAUCCUUGUCAUCUCGACGCGUCUCUCCGGUGUGACCUUGACACGAACUCUCACAAUCAACUUCAUCUUCUUACAUCCAUGGAUGAAGAAGAAAUCCCAGAUCCGCAAGUGUCUCUAUCGAUUCAAGAUCCGAGGCCACAUGUUGAAGCUUCAGUCUCGAACUCUAUAGAUCUACGAUGGCCAUACCUUGGAAAGUGGUCUGCAGCUCCUCUUUCUGGAUCUGCUUCUGGAGCGGUAAAAAAGAACCAACUUUCAGUACAGAAGGAGGUGGAGGAUAAAGCUUCUUCACCUGCUUCCAAAACACGCCAGUCCUUGAACUCUUGUGCUAGUGAUGAUGACUCAACCUCUGUUCUUCCCAGUAGUACAACUGAACCGUGUGAAAUUCCGAUUGAGAUGACUUCCGAAAGUGUGAACAUGGAAGCGGAGGUAGGAGGUUUUAACACCUCAAUGGUAAUCCCUCACCAACUAGAAGACAGAGACCAUCAGACAGCUGUCCCUUCUUCAAUAAUUUCUUCUGAACCUCCAAUAGCUACAUUCGUUCCUUCAAUCGGAGCAUGGGCCAAGCCUCUCGCUUUUGAGCCGUCAGCAACUCCUCCAACACCGUCAACACCAAAUGGCUUUAAUCCACAGCUUCUGAACAAUCUUCUUGAUUCUUUUUGGCCAACACUAGGUGAUGGAAUUGAGAAAAACCAGAAGAAAAAACAACAUCCAACUACUGCUAGGGAAUUUCCUCAUAUGCCGGUACAGAAAAUUCCGGUCCCUAAGCUCAAGAAUGAUGGAACUCUAAGAUUUCCAUGGGCGGCUAGAAUGGAUCCUACUGCAAGAAACCUUUUCCGAGCAGCCAAGCCAACAUUUCGGCUUGAUGGAACUCCGGAGGUAACUCAGGUACUUCGCUUAGGACCAGAAAAUAAGGGAGAGUAUAUCAUUGGUCAUUUCCAUCGUUGCUCUCUUCCUCCUGGGCGUCUGAUCCACGCGGUAGUGAAUAGACUAUGGGGAAGAACUUGUAGAAUAGGUUGUCGUAAGUUGAAUGAUUCUUCUUAUAUGUUUCACAUACCUCAUGUUUCAACUCGGCAAUGGGUAAUUCAGAGAGGUGUAUGGCAUGUUGAUGACUGCUUGUUAUUUAUCUCACCUUGGAAACCAGUAAACUCUGUUAAAGUUCCUGAAGUAUCUACAAUACCGGUGUGGGUAACCCUAAAAAAUGUCCCAGAUUGUUGCUAUUCAAGACUUGGUCUCAGUCACGUUGCAUCAGGACUUGGCGAACCUAUGCAAACGCAUAAACCUCGACUUGAUCCGACUUGUUUGGGAGAAGCAAAGCUGUUGGUUGAAGUAGAACUUGACAAACCUUUUCCUAAACAAAUUGCCUUAGAUGACAAACAAGGUAAUAUAUUCUUGGUGGAUGUUGAGUACACAUGGAUUCCAAGUAUAUGUGGCAGGUGUGGACACUUAGGACACAAGGAAAAAAGAUGUCUCCUCCCAGCCGCCCCUCCGAUUGUUGAAACAGGUUCCAAAAAGGAACUGCCUGCAGAGAUACUAAGGGGUGAAGAGGAAAUGGUCUAAGCUCAGUCAACUGCUCCAUCAGACCAAGUUGUGUUACAACUUGAAAAUUCAGCAGAGGAUUUGCUCACAGCUAAAAAAUCUGAACCUACAGCUCGGACUUUGGAAAUCAUUAACGAGACAGUGAAUGAAAAUUUGCAGUCACUAGAGAAUGUUGACCCAAAGGAUCUUUCAACACCAGUUAACAACUCCACUCAUUCUAAGAAAUUCCAUCACCUAUUAUUGUCUUUGAGGCCAAGUCGGCUUUAGCAGACAAUUCAUUGGCCUCUUCGCACUCUCUUAUACAUUGCAGCCCCUCUUACAAUCAACUUGAUCAACCACUUGAACAAGAUGAUGAAGAUGGAUCUAUGGGUGAAGCUACGGCAAACCUCAACAUGUCAAGAGGUGGAAGGCCAAUCAAACCACUACAAAAGUUUUAAGAUAUAGAAUGGAAAACGGUACGAGGAAGGGGUAAACAUGGUCGUCGAGGCCGUGGGAACAAGCUUCCAACUACCUAGGUCUUUCAUCUAUCUCUCUUGUAUCACUAAGCUUAUUUUCAUAAGUUUCUAUUUUCUAAGAUAUUUCUUAGCUAAAUAUGAGGCUUGUCUCAUCAUACUUUCUCAAACUUAUGGUGUUUUAACCAUACAUCUGUAUGUUCCUAUGUUUUUAAAUUUGAAUGCCCUUUUACAAAAAAAAAAAGAAAAAAGAAAAGAAACUAAGGUAAAACAAAACUAAGCCAUGAGGUAAAAGCCUUGUUCUAAAACGCGGCCGGGUAGGCGCGUAAUCGGCCGAGUUCUCGUGAAACGUGAGCUCACCGAGGCGAGUUGAGCCAAUACGGUUGCCUUCAACGCCAUACCGAUUCUUCACUGCAGAGAGCGUGGUUUAACGUUACGCGGCCGUUGAAACGUGAAAUCGUGUGACCGAAAAAUCAGUCAUUCUACGUUUAUACAUAAACACAAUCUUCUUCUCUCUUUUCCGACAAGACAACAAAAGUUUUUUUUCUUUUUUUUUUCAAGACAACAAAACUUGUGAUUGCUUUUCCUCAACUUCACUUACUCGAAACCAAAUCACCAGAAUCAAGCUCAUCCAUCACUGGCAAAUCCAUAUUGAAGCAGAUUCCAGGUAAAAACCAAGCAACUGCUCAAAGUACGGUGAGAUUGUGAUUGUCGGUGGCUUGGCUUCGUUGACCUCGAACAUGGAUGAAAUCAAUUGGGUUCUUUUGGAUUUUGAAAAUUAAAGGAAAAAACAGAAAGUAAAACCCAGAAAAAU